AUGAAAAUUCAAAAUGAUUUAAUUGUAUCCUCAACUUCUCCAAUCUCUCAAUUCACUCCCACAAUCGAAGAUCAAAAAACGAUUUUGGAUAAUUUCGAAAAGCCUUUAUUAUCAAUACUACAAGAUGAUAUUGACUCAAACAAUCCUUUAAAUAAAGAUUCAACUCAAAAUCUGGAACCUAAUAAUAUUUUAAAUGUUAAAUCAACUACUUUGGCUGAUAUUCUAAAUUUCACUGAUAAAAAAAACCAUUUGAUAUCAAUUUCAACAAAUUCAAAAAAAAUUGAUUCAACUCUAGAUCCAAUCUUAAAUCUCGGUUUGAUUUCUGGUAAAAUAUAUCAAAUUUAUGAUUUCAAUUCUUUUGAAAAAUUGCAUUUUACUUUAAAUUUAAUAUCAAAUUAUUUGUCUUCUUCUUCAUCUUCUUCUUAUAAUAAUAAUAAUAAUAAUAAUAAUACCACUGCCACUAAUAAAAUAUCUUAUUUUUAUUACUCUUCCCCAUUUCCUGCAACCAGACUCAUCGAAUUAUAUUACUACUUGAAUGGUAUUAAACUCCCCAAUAGUAAAGAUCCAGGUAAAAUUGAUCCAGAUGAUAACAACAAGACUGAUGAAGACAACGAAGCAGAAAAAGAUUAUAAUAAAAUCUUUGAAAAUGUAAACCUAACUCAUGUCUCCAACUUUUUCGACUUGAUUAUUUUCUUUCAAGAUUUAAAUAAUCCUAAUUUAUCGGUUUCAAAUGAAAAUAAAUUAAUCAUAAUCAACGAUUUUGCUUCAAUGAUUGAUGAUUAUUUUAAUCUGGAAGCAUUUGAGAUUAAUGAUCAAAUGAUUAAUUUGGAUAAUUCUGCUGAUGAGUUUGAUGAUAUUAUAAGUAAUAUCAAUAACAAUAACAAUAACAACAUUCUUUCUCUGUCUAUUAAAAAAAAAUUAAAAAACAAUAUUAGGUCGAGUCUUUUAAAUAUUAAAAGAAAACAAAAGAUAAACAAGUUGAAAUCAAUUUAUUUUCUUUUCAAUGAAAUUGAUAUUUUUUUGAAUAAAAAUAAUAAUUCAACAGUUAUAUUUCUUGGGAAUUUAGUUGAUUUAUCUGAUAAUGAUGAAUUUAAUAUCAUUAAUAAAGAUGGUAAUAGUAAUAGUGAUAAUAUCAAUUCAAUUCAAACCAAUGACAGGUUGGUCGCUGAUUUAGAUUUGUAUAAUAUUGAUGAUUUAAAAAUUAGAGACAGGAAAAGUGAAAAAUAUACCAAAGAAUCAAGUGAUUUGAAUGCAAAACUCGGGGAUAAUGAAAACAGUGAGGAAUCUCAAUCAGAUAUUAGCGAAAGUUUUAAAAUCGAUUCUCAAUAUUGUAAGUCUGUUACUGAUUUUUCUCAACUUAAAAAUGAGUUUUCAGAAAAGGUUCAAGUAAAAGAUGAGGAUGAAAAGGGUGAGUUUUUUUUUUAUAAUUAUAGUAAUUCUUUUGAUCCAAAUGAAAUAUAUUUGGAUAUGGAUGUAAUCAAUUAUUCAAUGGGAGAAAAUGGAUAUAAUUUUGAAAUAAAACAAGAAGAUAAAAGUGAUUAUAAUGAUAAUGAUAAUGAUGAUGAUGAUUAUGAUGAUUAUAAUUAUAAUGAGAAUUCUACAGUUUACGAUUGGAAUAAAUUUAUAUUUAAAAGAAUAACUAUUUUAAAAGAUUGGUUAUUAAAACCUAGUAAGAGAAGUUUAUUGAAAGUAUUGUAUAAUGAUGAUGAUGAUAGGGUUGAUGAUUAUAAAAUCGAAAUGAUUAUGAUUAAUAUUGCAUUUAUUGAAGAUAUUUCAUUAAACAAAAAGCCAAUUAAUAAAAGCAGUUCAAAUGAAAUGGAUAAGGGAAUUUUCAAAAAAGAGCAAUUAAUUGAUAAUAAAAUUGAGUAUGAAUAUGGAAAUGAUAGUGAUAAUGAUAAUGAUAAUGAUAAUGAUAAUGAUAAUGAUUAUGAUUAUUAUGAGGAUAUUGAGGAUGUUGAAGGUAAAGUGGAGAAUAUUGUUAGGUUUUGUUUCAAUAGUUUUGGCAAAGUAUGUGAUAUUGAUGACAAAUUAGUGGUUAAUAAUAUUAAAAAGAAAUUGCGGUUGUUUGGAGUAAACGAACCACCACCACCAAAGGAAACAGUAAGUAAACCUAUUGUGUAUCAAAAGUUUGGUGACUAUGAGAGUUCUGAGGAUAGUGAUGUAGAAGAAGAAAAAAAGCUAAAUGAGAGUGAAAAUGGAGAUAGGAGUGAAGAUGAAAGAAAAGAUGAAAGAGGAGAUUCAAUUACUGAUAAUAAGAUUGAUGGUGAUAAUGUUGAGAUAUCAAACAAGUCUCGUAUGGAUAAAACCGGUAGAAGUGGAGAUCUAAAUUUGAAUAAAUUAUUGAACAAGUAUUACAGAUCAUUAAACAAUAGAUUCCUUUCUCCUUCUAUGACUACAGAUUUGAUUGAUAAAGAAGAAAAAGUUGGCCAAUAUAAUAGUAUAUAUAAAGUGGGCAGGGGAGUUAUUUCUAGCAGUAUAAGGAAUAUUAAUGACAUAGAAUUAGAAGAUAAAUUUGAAGUUUUGGAAAGUGAAGGUAAUUUCCAUUUGUACAAUGAAUUUGAGGAAGAGAAUGAAGGAAAUGAAGGGAGAUAUAAUGAAUAUGAUUCAGGGGAGCAUAAUUUAAUAAGUAGCGAAAAAGAAGUAAGUAGUUUGGAGAGUAGGAAAAAGAAAGAGAAAGAGAAAGAGAAAGAGAAAGAUUGUGGUAAGCAAGAUGGUUUGCAGAAUUUGGGUUUUUUUGAAAAGGAAACCAAUUGUGGUGCUGAAUUAAAAAUCAAUGGAGAACAAGUGGGAGGUUUCAAUGAAAAUGGGGUAUUCAAUGGUCAAACAGAUGGCAAAGAUGAUAGAGAAGAAUGCGAAAUAAUUGACAUGCCAUCGAGUCCAGUUUACUUGGAUGAAGAAGCAAAGAAGCAACACCAAAGGAGCCUGUCUUUGGUGGAAAAGGCAGUGGCGGCCCUGAAAAGACGUGGCGGCAUGCCAUCGGCAGAAGAGCUCAUCAUGGACUUCAGAAGCAAUAUAUUGGACUCAGACAUGGACGAGGAUCAGAAGAUGCUGUUGAGCAAAGAGCAGUAUUUGGAGCUACUGCAGGUGCUUUGGGAGCAGCAACACUACCCCGACGAGCAGAUUGAGCAGCUUCUCUCGGCUGUGUUUGUAUAUGAUGCUGUGGGCAAGACCAAAAAGCGCAAAAUGGCCUGCUGA